AUGGACAGACACGUAAAUCUGCUGUACGUGCAUAACGAUAACGUGGGACAUUUUGCGUGGAUCAAGAACCUAUCCCGCCUCGUGAGCUCGCAAAUCAACCGACACCAUGGUCAGAAAUACUUUUGCGAUCGAUGUUUGCACUACUUCAGCUCCAACGAGAAAUGGGCUGCCCACACCGUCGACUCUGAUAUUAAUCUAGACCCUAUUAACUAUAAAGAAGCUAUGUUGACAAAAGAUAAGAGACUGUGGCAGAAAGCAAUCGAAGACGAAUUAAAUUCUAUGAACAAAAAUGAGGUGUGGGAAUUGGUGAGUCGUCCAACAAUAACAAGUGAUGGUAAAAAGGCUAAUAUUAUAGAUUCAAGAUUGACUGAAGCUGCUCUGAAAAUGGGACUUCAGAAUUCAGAAUUAGAACCUUGUAUGUUUACUUGGAGAAAUGAGGAUAAGUACUUAAUUUUGCUUUUAUAUGUAGAUGAUAUAUUAGUGGCGAGUAAUGAUAAAGAUAAAUUAGAAGAGGUUAAGACAGGUUUAAGUAAAGAAUUUGAAAUGACAGUGCUAGGUGAACCAAAAGAAUUUCUGGGUAUAGCUAUAAGGCGAGACAGACAGAACAAAAUAAUUGAAUUAACCCAAGAAAAAUAUAUAAGAAAAAUCUUAGCUAGGUUCAACUUUAGCGAAGCACAUGCUCAGAAAACGCCAAUGGUUACUACUCAAGUAGCUAACAGAGAGAGAAAGUUGCGUGAGACGGACAUUGACGAUGAUAUACUAUUAACUACAGAAAACAAAGAAAACGUUCCUUAUAGAGAAGCAGUGGGCAGUUUGUUGUAUCUGGCAGAUUGCAAGAAUUCUUUAACUACAUGUGGAUUCGCGAUUACAUUAUAUGGAGAUGCGAUAAUCUGGCGAACACAUAAUCAAUCUUAUGUUGCGUUAUCAACAUGCCAAGCAGAAUAUGUCGCUUUGAUUAAUUUUGACUGA